AUGCGUUCGGAUGGCCGCCCGGCCGUCGUCAGCAGCCGCUACGCCGAAGGCCCAGUGGUGUUGAGGGCGGCCUCAUCGACCCCAGUGGUCUCUUCAGGGCCAUCUCGUAGGACUGAGGAUGAAGUCGGAGCUGAACGACUCUGGUGGUCAGACUAUUGCGAACAGAAGCUUCAGGAGCUUCAAUUGUCCUUCACCAAAGCGAUCGACCAAGUAACGGAGAGGAUGCAGGCGGAUUUGAGGUUGACGGAGGAUCGCCUCGUCGAGCUGGUGGACUUGGAGAAGAACGCCCGCUCUGCGCAGCUCUUGGACCUAGGGCGCCAGGUGGAUCAUCAACACGCCGAGAUCUCGGAGAUGGUGCGAUCCCAGGUGGAGCUAAGAGAUCAGCUGGCAACGCGACAAGACUUGAGGUCGGUGGUGGGGAGCCCCGCGGGCGCUCUGAGCGCCACAUCGGACACCACGUGUAAGGAGCAUUCCUUUAAUCAAAGCUCAGAGGUUGAGCAGAUGGUGAUCAAGGCCCUGAGCAAUGAAGUGAACAAACGCUGUCAUGAUUUGGAAACGCAGAUGCGCAAAAUCGACUUUGAUGCAGCGUCAAUCUUCGCACGUUUGGAUUCUGUGGAAGCAGACACCAUCAAGCUGAGCCGCGAGUCCCAUGAUGUUCAAACCCUUCGCUCGGACGUCGAAGCGGUGAAACGCCGCCUGUUGGUCCAAACGGACCGUCCCAGCAUCGCAGCCACGGGCCUGCCGGGCCUGGAAUCGGCGCGGAGACGGGCAUUGUUCCCACCGGAAUUGCGGGAAAACAUCAGCAGUUGUGUGCAAAAGGUGGGCGAAACAGUAGAUCAAGCUCUACCCGGAGAUGAAGUGACUUCAGAUACGGCCUCCUUCCACUCGGGAGCCAAAUCUGGCUCCGAUCUGCCGGAGCAACUGCAACAGCAGCUGAAGGACGGCACUGUGUCACAGGAAGGCUACCUCCAGGCCCUCGCUGUGAUGCAGCAGCUGAAGGAACGCAACGACUCCUUGCGUGAGAAGAAUGCCGAGUUGGCUGAGGAGAUGUUUGUGCCCGGCGCUCGGGCUUCCAUGCCCUUACCGUCCUGGAGCGCUGACCAGAUGAUUCCUGCAGACAUCCGAGGUGGUUCAGGCAUGGCCCCAGCUGCACCAUAUCAGCAUCAAACCGGUGCCAUGCGCUCCAGUUCCCCUGGAUUCCGCACGGUCCGCGCCAAGAUGGCGGCCGUGCCAACAGCUGUGCCAACAACGGCUGUUCCCGGUGUGAUAGGAACCCCCGUGCUGGUCGCUCAAGUGCCGGCUGUACCAGCGGUGAGCGGUACCGUUCCCCGAACGGCGAGCCCUGAUCGCCGACAGUACUUCUAG